UGUUGGUGCAGUGAAGUCAGAACCUUUUGACGCCGACAUGGAGGCCACCGGCUCCGCCUCCAACUUUUCUGAAGUUGAGACUCCAUUGAUAGACGGGGUCGUUGAUGGAUUCAUUGACUACAAAGGUCGUCCAGUUUUCAGAUCCAAAUCUGGUGGCUGGAGAUCCGCUUACUUCAUAAUUGGUGUGGAAGUAGCUGAGAGAUUCGCAUACUAUGGAAUAAGUUCCAACCUAAUCACGUAUUUGACCGGACCGUUGGGCCAAUCGACGGCUACGGCGGCGGAAAAUGUGAAUGCCUGGUCGGGAACGGCGUCGCUUCUUCCUCUCUUGGGCGCUUUUGUUGCUGAUGCUUUUCUGGGUAGAUAUCGCACCAUUAUUAUUGCGUCUCUACUCUAUGUUCUGGCACUUGGGCUGCUGACUCUUUCAGCUUUGAUUCCUUAUUCUGACUGUGAAAGUGACACAUCAUGUUCUCCUCCUCGGUUCCAAGUUAUUUUGUUCUUCGUUUCACUAUAUCUUGUGGCAUUUGCCCAAGGAGGGCACAAGCCUUGUGUUCAAGCUUUUGGAGCUGACCAGUUUGAUACGGAGAAUCCAGAAGAACGCAAAGCCAAAAGCUCAUUCUUCAACUGGUGGUAUUUUGGAAUGUGCGCUGGUCCAUUGGUGGCACUAUGUGUUCUUAACUACAUUCAGGAUAACCUUAGUUGGGGUCUUGGAUUUGGGAUUCCUUGCAUCAUGAUGAGUGUUGCACUGCUUAUAUUCUUGGGUGGAACCCUGACAUAUCGGUUUGGAGAGAAAGUUGAGGAAAAAGGCGCUUUUCUCAGAAUUGGGCAGGUGUUUGUUAGAGCAUACCGCAAUCGCAGAACUACAUCUUCAUCAAUAUCCCUGGAAGAGGAAGCUUGUGGAACCUUGCCUCAUCAAGGUUCUCAUCAGUUCAGAUUUCUCAACAAAGCCUUAGUUUCACCCGAUGGAUCAAAGGAAGAGGGGAAGAUCUGUAGCACCGGUGAGGUGGAUGAGGCCAAAGCAGUUCUUAGACUAUUUCCUAUCUGGGCCAGCUGUCUAGUGUUUGCAGUUGUUUUUGCCCAAUAUUCCACAUUAUUCACCAAGCAAGGAGUCACCAUGGACCGAUCAAUCGGGUUAAGUUUUGACAUCCCAGCUGCCACACUACAAACGUUCAUCAGCAUCACCAUCGUCAUCCUUAUUCCCAUCUACGACCGUGUUUUGGUUCCUAUCGCUAGAUCCAUUACAAGAAUACCGUCUGGCAUAACAGUACUUCAGAGAAUCGGAAUUGGAAUCUUCAUUUCCGUUCUUUCAAUGGUGGUUUCAGCACUGGUCGAGACCAAACGACUUCAAAUCGCAGAGGAAUACGGAUUAGUGGAUGAUCCAAACGCAACAAUCCCGAUGAAAAUAUGGUGGUUGAUACCUCAAUAUCUGUUAACGGGAGCUGCUGACGUGUUUGCAAUGGUGGGUCUGCAAGAGUUCUUCUACGAUCAAGUGCCGAGCGAGUUGAGAAGCAUCGGUCUAGCGCUUUAUCUCAGUAUAUUCGGUGUUGGUAGCUUCAUUAGCAGUUUCCUGAUCUCGGUGGUCGAUAAAACCACGGGUGGAAACGGUGAAGAUGGAUGGAUUUCGGAUAACUUGAACCGUGGUCACCUUGAUUAUUUCUACUGGUUUCUAGCUGGUAUUAGUGCAAUAGCAUUUGUGAUCUACUUGUACCUUGCAAAAUCUUACAUAUAUAAUCGACCAAGAUGAUCGAUUGAUGAAACAAUAUAUAUAGUUUGUUGUAAUAGCUGCAUAUUUUCGGUAUCCUGUUCAACAUUUUGGCUUGUAAGAUAUUUAGAAACUGUUGAAGUUAUGUAACUUGAUCAAAAUUGAAC